UCCGAGGUAGUGUAGUGAAUAGUCGAUAUUUUUCCUCGUUGCUAUCGAAGAUUACCGCAAAUCAUGGAAUUGUUCACGGGGCUUCUAUUCAGUUCAAACACAAUCUAUUUGAUGGUGGCUUGUUUCAUAGUCACACUUGGUCUACUGCUUUCGGAAUUUCAGCAAAAAGUUAUGGUGAAAAGUGACCUACCGAAGAUCGUACGGGAAGUGCUUUUCAGACAGUGGUUGUGGCCAGUGAUUUCCGUGAACGAUGAAAACAGUAACAUCAGCUAUCCAAAAGUGAAAGUGCAGCGUAAAGCUCCCGGACCGAAGAGUUUACCAAUUAUUGGAAACCUGAAGGAGCUCGAUGGUUACGCUGUUCCAUACCAAGCGUUUAGCGUGCUAGCCAAAAAAUACGGCUCAGUUGUGAAUCUAAAACUGGGCUACGUGGAUGCCGUCGUGGUCAACGGAAUCGAGAACAUCAAGGAGGUGUUGAUCCACAAAGCUCACCACUUUGAUAGUCGGCCAAACUUUCGCCGUUACCAGUUGUUGUUUUCUGGAAAUAAGGAGAAUUCGCUCGCCUUCUGUGACUGGUCCGAGACACAGAAGGCUCGUCGUGACAUGUUGGUACCGCACACUUUUCCACGAAACUUUACCAGCAGAUUCAAUGAAUUAAACAAUUUAGUCAUCGAUGAAAUCAAUUCGACGAUCGGAGAAAGUCAAACCGACAAAAUUGUAGCCAUCAAACCGAUCAUCAUGAACAUUUGUGCCAAUGUUUUCUCCCAGUACUUCGCCAGUUACCGGUUUGAUCCGGAAGAUCCUAAAUUCCAGAAGCUAGUGAAAAACUUCGAUCUGAUCUUCUAUGAAGUAAAUCAAGGUUAUGCAGCUGAUUUCCUUCCAUUCCUUCUACCGCUACAUCACCGUAACCUUAAGCGCAUGGACCAGCUGACUGAAGAAAUCCGCCAGAUCAUGCUGGAUUCGAUCAUAAACGAUCGUUACGAUAACUGGGUUGAAGGAAACGUAGAAAUUGACUACGUUGACAGUUUGAUCAAUCAUGUCAAAACCAAUAUUGGCCCCGAUAUGGAGUGGGAAACCGCUUUGUUCGCUCUAGAGGACAUCAUUGGUGGACAUUCUGCGGUAGCUAACUUCCUGGUCAAAACCUUCGGUUACAUCGUGCAGCAUGCUGAAGUACAGCAAAAAAUCCAAGCGGAAGUGGAUCGCAUUUUAGAGGAACAAGGCAAGCAGUGCAUCGAUUUAUCCGAUCGCAAUCAAAUGCAGUAUACCGAAGCUGUCAUCAUGGAAUCACUCCGUCUCAUUGCAUCACCUAUCGUACCACACGUUGCAAAUCAGGACAGCCAAAUUGGAGGUUACGAUGUGCCCAAGGAUACGCUGAUCUUUCUCAACAAUUACGAUCUCAGCAUGUCCGACAACCUGUGGGAAUUUCCCGACAAAUUCCUUCCGGAACGAUUUCUGCAGAACGGUCGCUUGGUGAAACCGGACUUCUUCAUUCCCUUCGGAGCAGGUCGUCGUUCUUGUAUGGGAUACAAAAUGACGCAACUGAUCAGUUUUUCAAUCAUCACAAAUCUGCUGAGAAAGUACUGCAUUACGCCGCUGCCUGGCCACUCAUAUUUUGUACCGGCUGGAUCACUUGCAAUGCCAGAGAAAUCAUAUGAAUUUCAAAUCAGUCCUCGACAUUGAAAUCCUCGAGUCUUUUCCGCCGCUACCAUCAAUCAUUACGCACAUACACAUUAACGCAUUGUAUUCCUCAAUUAGGAAAAUACUCGCUCAUGCACUCGAUACGUAAUUUAAUUCCAUUGUUUUCCUACCUCCCACCACUUUCCUUUUUCAUUCAGCAUAUGCUAAUGCGUCCGCCAAAAACAGAACUGAGAACGCCUGCAUGUGUAACCCACGUCACCCCUUCUGACACUCCUCUGUCUCCUGCUCAAUGGGUGGAGUUUUAGAUAUUAACGUUAGAGAGCACUUGAAUGUUUUCCUAUAACCUUCACCAAAGAGUGGAGGACUAUUAUUGUAAGUAAAAUUGACAAAGUAUUCACUGUAUUAACGUCGAACUUUUGCACGAAUUUGCUGUGAUGUAGAACGUUUCAGUGCCCGAGGAUGAACGAACUAAGAAACUCGUAGCACCAGUAUGAGCGAAAGGCUAGAAUGAAGAAACGUAUCCUUACGUUAGAAUUUCACUGUGACUUUUAGCUUGUAACAUUCUUCUCAACUGAUAAUUUUACGCCUAGUUAUAGCAUAGAUAUUGAGCAGCCCCAUAAACUUAUUCGUAAGAUCUAUGGUGAUGUAGCAUCGAACACACAGGCAAAGCUUGAGGUUGGCUUUAAGUACUGUAUCUUCUGUUAUAUAGCGCAGGACCGAUAUGAAUUGUGAAAAAAGAUA